AUGACGGCAUCGCAGGCCACUUUCUUACCGGUGCAAAUAACAUGCAUAUGCACAGUGCUGGAUAAUACGAAGUCGAAAGAAAUGAGUGAAAUCCAUGCGAAUCUACGAUCCAGUCCACAUCUGCUAGCCGUCGGCACAGAGGAUGCGUGUUGUUAUUUGGUUCAUUUUGGUAUCUCAACAACCGACGAAUACGAUGCCACAUUCACAUAUGCACCGUUUUCUACGGAUAUUUGCAAGCAUCACAAGUCUGAUAAUAAAUUCAAGAUAAGUGAUGUGUAUUACUUCUCGAAAGGAUCAGUUUUCUCGAUCGCGUACCAACAGGCAAAUGACGAUCCUCAUCCAGUGAUUUAUCUGUGGUUCGCACAUUCGGCUGUUAAAUCCGGGCGAUCACUAUCAUCACGAGCCCACCGUCCCCAAAUCGUGCUUGUACGGGUUGAUUUCCCCAACGAUGAAAAAUCUGAUCUUCUCACAACGCCAUUCAUCCAACAACCUCAUCUUAUGUGGUAUCCAGACAAGUGCAGUCGUUGGUUGUCAUUUCGCACGAUAUUCCAAAGUGAUUCAUUCGAACGGUCCGCUAUCGGUUGCGCUUCGUCGUCGUCAUCAACAUCCCUCGAGAGUCGUUCGCCAAUUUGCGAGGGAUUAUCUCGUCACACUUCGGGUGUGGACAGCACGUUGCUGUUGAUGACAUGGAUUGAUGAGUCGACGGCGAAUGCUGAGGGUGCCCUAUUCGAUCUGAACGCAUUCUAUUAUAAACGACUCGUUCAGAGAGUUCUUUUCGACUCAACAAUCGCGCAUCAAAACGCAUUCAUAUCGCGUUUCACGUUGGCUAAUCCUAAACAAAUUCAGUUCGGAUUGCCUCUUGAUGUGGUGGCAAAUGCGAGUUCGAUAACGCGUUUCGGGAGUGUGUUCAGUGAUACGAACGAUGCGUUGUUCUACCCGUCCACGUUGACGUUCUCGUUGAACGUUAUCACCGCCACGCAUACUUACACAAUCAGUAUACAUUCCAUUCAAGAAGAGGUGUUGAAUUACGCGGAAUUACAUAUUGAUAAAGUGAUGAACUGUAGACCGAAUACGGUUUCCGAAUGGAUCUCAGCAGUUGGUUUAGCGAACGCCAACUCGACGGUCUCCAUCAAUUCGGAGAACGCAGAGACAUCGUUGGUUGUGUCAGCAUUAAUAUAUCAUCAACGCGGAAGAGCGCUCAAGAAAUGGAUCGAGACCACAUCGAACAUAAACGCCAGAAAUCGAUUAGCGAAACAACUCUGGGACGAAGUCGAGUACGCGAAGUCUAGAUUCGAUGAAUUAUCAUCACCAUUGUUUGGAAGUUUAUCGACGGAUUUAUCGCGACCGGCGAUCGUUUCGAUGGGUGGCAUCGUUUCACUUCUGACCAUCACUAAGACUCUGUUCGCAAGUAUAGCAACUAAAACUGAUGCUGUGAACGAUGCAGAGAAGGCGGAAUUUGAGUGUCAUCAUCGUGCUUCUUCGAAUUUGGCACUCUACUCGCAACUGGUGUUGUUCUUAUGGAAAAGACAGCUGUUGCCCGAGAUGAACGGAUUCCGUAGAGUGAGAGAGCAGAUGCAGAAGAAUUAUGAACGAUGUGAUGCAGUGGCGAGACAAAACGGUGAAACGUUGUGGAUCGACAGUCUUUUGAGUGAAAUGCAAUCGGUAAGCAGUGAUGAAGCAUUUUGGAUGAGCGAUGAGAGUACACCAUGGUAUCCACCUAGAUCGAUCCUGCCGAAUGGUCAACCAAAAGAUGAACAGUGGAAGACGGAGUGUGAUCGUUGGACGACACGAGUGAUGGCCAUGCUACCGUACAAAUCAGACAUCCAACUUCCGCAGGCCGUUUUAGAUAAGUGGCAAGAAAACGUGACGUCAAAAAUGGCAAACUAUCAUCUGCGACGCAGUUUGGCGAUGACUGAAACGGACCGUAAACGAUUAUCGCUUCAUUCAGCAGUUAUUGAUUCGAGGGUAUUCCCAAAUCGUAAACGAAUCUCCACUGAAAACACCUCAGCGGACCUAAAUGCACCGGAAGUGAGUCGAAGACGACUGAACAGAGAUGGCAAUGAGAACAGUCCAGUGUUGGACGAUAGAGCUGCUCGAUUGGAAGAAGCACUGCCCGAAGAAGAAAUGGAAAGUAUACGUCGCGUUCUGCAAACACCACCAUCUCGUCGUCGUAUGAUGCUCUCGAACCGAGCCGUGUUCGGUGAUUCACCGAUGACUUCUCCUAUUGCAUCCUCAUUAUCGGUACCAGCCCCAACCUCUAUCCUCAAAUCGAAUAGACGUAAAGAUGUGAUCAAUCCGGACAAUGAGCAAGGCAGCGAACCGAGACCUCGACUACGUUUCCAUUUACCAUCAAGCCAUACGAACUCAAGUACCGAUUCACCGUUGUCCGAGAGUAAUCUUAUUCAAAGUUCGGAAAUGAAACAAGCGAUUCCACAGCAACCAGAUUUCAAUUACGAAUCAGACGAUGACGAAGAGGAAGAGCACGAGUUAGAAGACAGCGUGAUUGUGCUAGAAGAUGAAGAUAGUAAAAAGGUGUUAGCAGAUAUCGUACAUCCGACAGCCGACGAUUCGAUGGGAAUUGUUGCAGAAGGAACGGAAGCAGUUGUUAUGAGUGAGGAAAAUUCAAGUAUCAAAAAUCGGAGUUACGAAGAACAAUCUGAUGAAAGUGGUGAUGAAAACGAAGAAAGAGAAUCGGAGAAAGUCGAAAGCAAAGAACGAAAGGAUGAAGAAAUACCGGAAGAGACCGGAGACGAUUCAAACGAUAGUGACAGAGCAAAGAGGAUACUGUCGGUUAUCAACAGCGGAUUCGAUAUGCAAGAUGACUCUUUAAACAGUAUGAAAAUAUCGCAAAGCGAACGUCAGCCGAUUAGCACAACAAAUCAAAAAAUAGUUUACUAUGAAGAACAAGAAUGGGAAGAUGAUAUUGAAAUGGAUGACGGUGAAAAUAGAUUAAUUGAACAGAAAUCGCCGGUUGAAACAACACAGCAGCAAUCAUCGAGUGGAGAGGAUUCCAUAAUCAGUCGAUCAUUUGAGGAACAAGCUGAAGAGGAUGUCGUUGAUGAAGAAGAAGAAGGCGAAGACCGUUCAAAGAAAGAUACUCUGAAAAAGUGUGCUGAUAACGACGAUAUGGCGCCAUCCUCGAAGGCGAAACAUGAUGAUAUCGCAGAGCCUGCGAUGAAUGUGGAUGUGGAUGAUCAGUCGAAUUUGGACUAUCAUCAUGCAGUCACCUAUCAAGUGAUUGAAGAGAACACCGAGUGUGAUUCGGCCAAACAACAGUCGUUUGAAGAACAGCAAUGGGCAUGUGCGCAAGUGAUCGAUGACUUAGAUCAUAUGCAGUAUACUGAAACAGCAACUGUAACAGUUUCAACGAUUCAGCGUGAACAGACGUAUGAAUCGAGAGUGGGUGCUAUAGAAGAACAACACGAGGAAGAGGAUGAUAUGAGACAAGAGAGCGACAAGGGUCAGCAAGCAGCAAGCCAAAGUCAAUUAAUAGUUAUUGAGACGACUCAACGACACCAACAAUUCUCCGAUGCCAUUCCAGAUGAAGAUCGAAAGCGAAUUGAGGAACUAAGAAAAAUGGCCAUGCAACUGGAACAAAAGAAGCAUAAACGACCCAUUGAUUCUCAGUCACACGGAGCGGUUUUGUUGGAGACGAGACGCGAUGAACAGGGACCAAAAAAUACCGCAGACAUGGCAUCAUCAUCAUUAGCGAAAUCAAAUGUUGUCGAUCAGUCGGAACAAUCAAGUUUAUCCAAAUCAGUGCAAUCAGUGAGCAAAACGGACGUCGUCGAAGCAGCCACAAUUGAAUCGACGGGUGUUUCGGAACAAGUGGAGCCUCAACGAGAUCUUCUCGAAGUCAGACCCGCCGCAUCAACCAGAAAAAUUGCUCGAGGUGCUUCAGAGAAGCCACCCUCACCUCCGUCACAUAGAAGAACAUCGCGUCGAAGAACGCAUUCAGAGAAUCAAUCAAUUGUUUCUCUGAGUUCGUCUCCAGUGCGAACGCCCGUCAAGAAGAGCACUCGUUCAAGGGGAGGUGUGUCGACAGAAUUGGAACGGACGAAGGAGAUGCCUGAGCUGAACGAAGAACGAAAUGCGUUUGAAGCGGAAAUUACUCCUCCCGCCAUGCAGAUGGACACUGAAACUACUGAACCAGUGACACCGACUAGACGUAGAACUACGCGAGCAUCGUCGCAGGAUAAAAGCGGUAACGCCACACAUCUCACUACGGAAUCUAUGUCCAAAAGCACCCGACGCAGACUGCAGUUAACCUCUUCAACUGAUGAUUCUGAAUCAGCGGCUCUCUCUGAACGAGCUGUAUCUCCGAGUCGAUCAAGGAAACGUAGCAAUAGCAAGUCGCAGUCGCAAGAUGUGGAACAGAGUGCAAUGAUGUCUGCAAGUGACACACCGACAUCACGUUCGUCGUCGAGACUCAGUCGUCGCUCGUCAGUUUCACGCAACACUUCGCCUGCACGAGCGCUUACGGACUUGGAAUCUGGAGAACCGACAACACCAACACGUCGUCGUAAACGAGCAUCGUCAAACCAGUCUUCACAAGAGGUGGACGAAGCACAAAUUGAACAAUCGUCCACAGCAAGCGGUCGACGUACACGUGCCUCAGCAAAAGUCGUAGAAUCGCAAGUUGAUGAGCCAGUAACUCCAACACGUCGCAGUACUCGAGCGUCAAGCAGUGUGUCGCGAGAUAAUCGAUCGUCAUCUCCGGCGACGUCCUCCAUACAGCACCGAUCGCCCUCAAGACGCUCAUCGCGCUCUUCAUCAAUUGCGUCAAUAUCAAGAAGUAGUGUGUCUGAGGAUACAAUGUCGGUUACAAGUCAAAAACGCGGCAGACGAUCAACUCAUUCACCAGCAAAGCGUCGAACAACGCCAAGAAAAAGAGUAUCAAAGAAUACGAGGGCAGAGAACUCUGUUUCACCAGCUCGUUCACCAGCAGCGAAGAGUCGACGUGCAACUUCACUGACGAUCCCGUCUUCACCAUCAACCUCAUCUUCUUCGUCCUCUGCUGCUAUCUCCAAGACACCAACCAAAACAACUCGUUCAAGUAAGAAAGGUCGAAGAAGAUCUGCCUCUGAGAGUGUUGCCGCUGCCGCCGAAUCGAAAGCUCCGAAGACGCGAAAAAUUCAGAUUCGCGCUGGAAGAAAGACUAUCGCUGAAAUUGAAGAGGAACGAAAUGCGAGAACGCAUACGUUAAGAAUGACACCAACAAGACUGAAGAAAAUAUUCGACGAAUAA